AUGCAUUUACAAACAGUUUCAUCUCAUUAUAUAAAUGAACUUCGUAAUAAACUAAAACAAUAUCCAAAUGUUCCAAUCGAAGCUGAACUUGAUAUUCUUAAACCAAUGGUACCAUUACAUAUAUGGAAACAAACUACUAUAACAAAAGAUGAUUAUGCUGUACGUAUUGCUCGUUUAGUAUGGUUAAUAUGGAAAGAAAUUCAUUAUAUUUGGCCAGAUUUUCAUUUAAAUGAUUAUUGUCUUUUUUUUUAUUUGGAACAAACAGAUAAAGAAUUUUAUUAUAUUAAUAAAGAUAUUGGAGAAAUCUAUAAAUAUCCUAAAACAAUUGAUUUACAAACAGAUUUAAAUUUAUCUGAAAUAAUAAAAAAUGAUUUUCAUUCAUGUAUUUUUAUUCAAUAUCAUUCAAAUGAUAAUUUUUUACAAAGAAAAUUUCUUUGGCAUCAAGAUUGGAUACCUAAAUAUCAAUUAAAAGAACGACAUUAUGAAGAUGAUUUUGAAUUUUUUAAAGAUAAUAUUUGUCUCGGACAAUUUAGUUAUGUUACAGCCAUACUCAUUCGUGAAUGGUUAGCUAUUAAAUGUAAAGAAUAUCAUAUACAUAUGGAAAAACAUGAUUUUCGUCAUAAAUUUUCAUCAUUUAUUCAUGGAACAAAUCAGACUGAUAAAUAUGUUAAUUAUUUAGCACCAACAGAAGUUCAACGACUUCAUACUGGAUUAUCUAAUUCUUUAUGUUGUGCUAUUCUUAACUUGAAUGAUAAUCAAAUACAUUUAAAUGAUGCUCUUGCUCGUGUAACAAUAUUAAAAACUGAUUAUACAAAAGAUUGGUAUGAUAAUAAUUGGUAUUGUAAUUAUAAUGAUGGUCUUCUUCGUUAUCUUAUGAUGAGUGUUUCAUUACAUGCUACAUUUGCAAUGAAUUUAAAUUUAAAAUCAAAUAUUGAAUAUUAUCAACUAUUUAUUCGAAAUUUAUUAACUGAAUAUGAUAAUCCAUUACAAGGACGUAUUUAUGAAUUAGGAUCAAUACAAUUUUUAACAGCUAUACUUUGUGAUCUUGGUGGAGAAGAUUCAAAUAUAUGGAAACAUUCAUAUAAUGGAAAAAUAUUACAUACAUUAUUAAAACAUGGUUUGAAUUCAUCAACAAUUAAACCUGAACUACAUGAUAAUGAACAUAUUGAAACUUUUUUUACACAAUCAAUUAUUCAAUCUUAUCAUCAUUUUAGUCUUUUUGCUAAACAAAUACAUCAGAAAGGAGCUAAAUUUCUUAUUCUACCAAAUGAGAAUACUUCAAUAAAAACUACAAAUGUUUCUUAUUAUGCUCCAGCUAUGAAAUAUUUAUUAGAUGGACAUAUGUGGACAAAAUAUAUUCAUCAUUUAGAUUAUUCAUCAGAAUAUGGUACAAUUAAAUUACAUAAUAUACUUAUUGGUGAAAUAUGUCUUAUACAUCAUCAUAUUUUUAUUAUUCCAUUACAACAUAAUGUAAUGAUAACACAUAGUAAUCAUUUGAUUAUAGAUUCUGAUCAAUUUAAAAUAAAUAUUAUUGUUAAUCAACAAGAAAAUUAUUUAAAUAAUCGUCAUAUUUAUUUUAUUGUUGAUAGUCAUAAACAAAAUGACUAUUCGAAUAUUUUCGUUCGAUCUAUUGAAUCAACUAAUAAUUGUACUGUUUGUUAA